GGACAUGCUACCCAAUAUGCCCCCCUCCUGUUGGCACCGACAGUCUGACCAUGAUCUCGCGGCGAGAGUAUAUCGACCAUCUUCAUCCAUUCCUGCCCGUUGGUGAACGCCGCAAGGUGUAGAAGCCCGAGAAGAAUGUGCUCUUCAGAUACUAGAAGAAGAAGGAACGGAAAAUGGAAUGAAUACCUUUGCAGGGAUGCUCAGUUGUGGUUGUGGCAACAAGAGAGCAGAAAACGAAUACUGAAAUAUUGGCAAAGAGGCAGUCAAUUCAACAAAAAUUUUCAAAUUCUCUCUCUAAGGAUAGACCUCGCGAAAACCACCUGCAAGUUGUUACCGUCCUCAGUUAGACUCGCGACGACCAUCCUUUCGUCCGGAGUUUCCAGGCCUACUAUCUUUAGCCAUGGUAACUAACUUUCCUCAAAAGUCUAUUUCACAUCUCCCGUCAAAUGCUUGGAGCCUAAAAAGAGAUUCAAGUUCCCUCGAAUGCAGGAUAACAUGACAUUUCGGACUCAGUUGGCAUUGGGCAUUUGACCAGCGGGUUUUUUGCUCUCGCAACGGCAACGACAACCAUGUCUUUACCUCGUCCGCAUGGAUGAAAUUCUCGAACGGUCCGUCUUUCGGGAAGAGAGUGUCAGAAACUGUAUUUAAACGCCCCCUACAUUCACUACGAGAGCGAAGAAGGAUAAGCACCAGGCUUACCCUCUCCUUGUUCCUCAGACUUGUUCACCCGUAAAAAUGUUAAGAAAGUCUUUCGGUCUAUUACUUCUCAGCCUUUCUUUGGCUUCCGUCUUGGCUGUUCCUGUUCCCGACCAGGAAAAGGGGGAACUUGUCAAGAGAGGAUCCGUGCUGACUGCACAAUUUGCUACGGAAUCCGAAGCUAAUGGUCGUUUUAUUCUUGAAAAUAACCUCUGGGGACAAUCUGCUGCUACGAGCGGGUCACAGAGCUCACAAGUAACAGCGACGAAUGGUAACAGUAUUACCUGGCACACGACUUACAAUUGGGUUGGUGGUCCGUCACAAGUGAAAAGCUAUGCCAAUCUCGAUAUAAGACAGGGACUCGGAAAACGAAUCUCUGAUAUCCAAUCAAUACCCACAGCGUGGUCAUGGUCGUAUUCCGGAGCAUCCUCUAGCCUCGUUGCAGACGUCUCGUAUGAUCUUUGGCUCUCUACUGUGGCCAAUUCUGGAGGCGCUUCUUCGAGUUCAACGUUUGAGAUUAUGGUAUGGCUUAGUGCCCGCGGAGGCGCCGGACCUGCUGGUUCCCAAAUUGGCACUGCCAACGUCAAUGGUGUCACCUGGAGGCUCUUCAAAGGACAGGUCUCAACUUGGACGGUCUUUUCCUUCGUAGCGCCGAACGAAAUUACCAACUUCAAUUCUGAUCUGAAGGGCUUCCUUAAUUUCCUCACCGCCAACCAAGGGGUCUCUUCGUCUCAGUUCCUUGUACAAGCACAAGCCGGAACGGAACCUUUUGUCGGAAGUGCUACGUUAAACACCAACUCCUAUUCCAUAUCCAUAAAUUGAGGAGGUGUUUUUGUCUAUACAAUUUAAAUUUAAAUGACUCCC